UCCCCUCCAUCAUUUUCGGUUUAAAAUGGUUUCAAAAACAAUUUGCGAACGGUUUACCAUUGCACACGAUGUGGGGAGAGCCGGGUUCAAUUCUUCCACACGGUUCUAAACUACGGAUAAAACCCAGAUCACACGUCUCCCUGUCUCUUGAUCGUUUUAUCUCCACGAGGGGACUCAGUAGCUCUCACGGAGAAGGAGAUUUCCUGUUUUGGGAGCCGUCCCACGAGGGAUUCGAAACUUCCCCCAACUUCCAACAUUUCUCCCUCUGAAGGUUUUUUUUAAAGUGGAAAAUCGAUGGAUGAAAUGAGCGAGACUUCGCCGCUUCUGAAGGACUCGAUGGUUCUUGAAAGCUGUCCCUCCGCUGGCACUUUCCUGGAGCAUCAUAAAACCUUUCCAAAUGAGUUUUAUGGCAGUCUGACCCGUGCAGACCCUGUUCUAGAACAACUGGAGCCUCGGCACUGCCAUUCCAACCAAUCAUCUGGAGACCAUAAGGAAGUGAAUAAAGCGAAUGCCCGUCGGAGGCUGUAUCUAGCUUCCGCUGUCUGCUUGGUCUUUAUAAUUGGUGAAGUGAUAGGGGGAUACUUGGCCCAGAGUCUGGCUAUAAUGACUGAUGCUGCUCAUCUCUUGACUGAUUUUGCCACCAUGCUUGUCAGCUUGUUCUCACUGUGGAUUUCUUCUCGGCCUGCAACUAAAACCAUGAACUUUGGCUGGUAUCGUUCAGAAAUUCUAGGAGCCCUGAUCUCUGUGCUGUCCAUCUGGGUGGUGACAGGUGUGCUUGUGUAUUUGGCGAUUGAGCGACUCAUUUCUGGGCAGUAUGAAAUUAAGGGCAGUGCCAUGCUGAUCACCUCGGGAUGUGCUGUUGCGGUCAAUAUUGUAAUGGGCAUCAUCCUUCAUCAGUCUGGUCACAACCACAGCCAUGGCAGUACAGGAGAGGUCAGAUCACAUGACAUCGAGUCCAACAACCAUGGGUCAAGGUUUAAUGGCAGCGUGAACCCCAGUGUACGAGCUGCCUUCAUCCAUGUCGUGGGAGACCUGUUGCAAAGCAUCGGUGUCCUGAUUGCUGCUUUUGCCAUCUAUUUUAAGCCUGAAUAUAAAAUGGUGGAUCCAAUCUGCACCUUCCUCUUCUCUGUGCUAGUUCUGGGGACCACCGUAUCCAUCUUAAGGGACGUUCUCUGCGUAUUAAUGGAAGGAACUCCAAAAGGAAUGGAUUUUAAUCAGGUUAAAGAGACUCUCCUGUUAAUUGAUGGGGUGAAAGCAAUGCACAGCCUCCACAUCUGGGCACUGACCAUCAACCAGCCAGUGCUGUCUGUUCAUAUCGCCAUCAAUGAUAAUGCGAGCGCUCAGGAUAUAUUGGCUGAAGCUAAUCACAGGCUCCAGAACAAGUUUGACUUCCACUCCAUCACUAUCCAAAUCGAAAAUUACUCUGCUGAUAUGAUCAAUUGCAAGGAAUGCCAGGAACCUAGAGACUAGCUCCCACAAGUGCAUGUGUAUGCCUGAGUGAAACAUCACUUGAGACCACAUCUCAGGGAAUCACACCUGAAUGAGUUGAGUGUAAGAGGCAAAUGGUGUAUGAAGUUAUCUUACUGCUGGCUGACCUAGAGCCCAAGCACUGUAUUGAGAGUGAGUUGCAGUGACCUUUUCUCGUACCUUGCAAGAUCAAGGGUUUUAAAUCCUUUUAGCAUCCACAUUGAGCACAGUCACAAUAGACUUCAAAAUGAUAUUUGAACAUAAAUGUAUAAUUUGGGCAGUCAACUUGCACUAGGGAAGUCAAUGUCUGGAUAUGUUGAUUCUUCUGGGGUUGUGUGUGGGGGGAAAGAACAAAGGCUUUGCGUUGAUAUAAUCCAUUUUAAUGGAUGUACAGUGUUUUAGACAUAACUGUUCUGCCCUCUGCUUUUUCCCAUCAAUGUAACUGAACACUGGUGGUGGGAGACUAAGGUUGACAUUUUUGUUAAAAUAUACUUAUCAUUCAAUUGUCAUUGGAGUUGAUUGCCUGUUUCCAGGCCUUUCAUAUUUAUGCAAGAGUUCUUUUAAAAAAAAGUUUUGCUGAAAUAAAAUAAACACUUUUUGUAAUGUCAAAA